AUGAAUUUGGAUAUGUCCAACGAGGAAAGUACUGAUAAAGUUGGCUUCGAAUUUCCACAACAUGCUUUAACAGAUGAAGCCUUGGAACUUCAGGACCUCUCCUAUAACGAAUCCGGUGAUUUGCCUGAGUCUACUGAGUCUGCUCGAAGACGCGAAGAAUGGGUUUUACUGAGACAUUCUAAUAUCUUCAAAAGAAUUUUGUACAGAAUAUGGUAUGGACCGGACAAACCGAAUGAUGAACCACCAGCUUUUCCUAGAAAAUUUGAGCUUUUAAGGAAGAUUGAUGCCUUCCCCGAAGAUGUCUUCAAGUCGAGAUUCCCCAAAAAGAGUGUUAGGAUUUUUCUUCUGCUAAUAUAUGGUUGUGUUUGGUUUGGAAUAGUAUCUUCACUUAUACAUGCGUACUUGAUAAAAAAGCCCUUCUUUUAUCCGUCCGAUGGCGGAGAGAAGCUUCCUAUAAUAACUUUGAGCUGUAACUCGUAUCUGAAUUGGGAGGGAAAGAACAAUGCCUGUGGUCUGAUGGGAGAGCUGUGCGAACCGUUUGAUAACAAAGAAUACUACAUAAGAUGUCCUGCGUUAUGUGAUAGAGGUGGAUGGACCUAUUCUGCCAUCGACGUUGGUACAACCAAGGUUAAAUAUAGGGGGUAUGAGAUAGGUGGUGGGCAGUUGUCUGAUUCAUCGCAGCCUGAUCUUUUUUCAUACCCAUAUCGCGCUGAUUCCUUUGCUUGUGGUGCUGCAGUUCACGCUGAUAUAAUAUCUCCCACACGGGGAGGAUGUGCCCGGAUCUCGAUGGAGGGUUUCCAAACACUAUUCCCAUCCAGAGAGGGAAAGCAUAACACUAAAUUUUCAGUUGGUUUCAAUUCAUUCUUCCCAAGCUCUUUUGCAUUCCGGUCUUAUUUGAAUGGAAUAGCAUCCGGGUGUCAUGAUCCAAGGAUGACUGUGGUCUGCCUGAAUAUCCUCUUUGGCCUUCCAAUUUUUUAUUUAUACGAAAGCAUAAUAGGUUAUUGGAUAUGCACUAUUGUUGGUUAUUGGACUUUAGUGCUAGUUUUGGACCCUCCACUGUUGGUCGAUCCACACGAUGAGUCGACGGUUUACGAAUUAUUCAGCUUAGGAUUUCAAAGACUUCUACCGUUGUGCUUUGUACUGUACGUUCUGUGGAAGAGCGCUGUCAAGCGGACGUUAAAGGAAGACUGCUCCCCGUUGUGUAAAAUCCUUCUGUGGUACCCUUUGUUAUGGCUCGGAAUCAUGAACAAUAUAACAUUUGAUCGAUUACCGGUCGACAGGUUAACUGGGAAGGAUCUGAAAGAACAAGCUGGUGCAGCAACUGCAGUUGGGUGUAUUGCAGGGACCAUUUUAACCUGCGCUUUCAUUCAAGCAUAUUCUCUUUGGAAGUCCGGAAGAUUUAGAAAAUUCUUCAAAAUAUACAUUUCGUUCAUUUUGGGACUUGUAUCCCUAGCCUCUAUCCCCGGUUUACAUUUGAGAAUACAUCAUUAUAUUCUUGGUGCCGUUUUGGUUCCAGGCUGUGCAACAAGAGGGACAUCUGCUUAUAUGUUUCAAGGUAUUCUUAUAGGUUUGGUUUUGUCAGGUGUGUCAAGGUGGGAUUUUGCCAGUAUUGUAGAAACUGAUAUUGCUUUACUACGGGGAGAAGCAGGUGCCGCUCCCCCACCCCCAAUAUUUCGAUUCAAGGAAGAAACGCCUCAUACACUGCAUUUAGUGGUUAACUCCACGGCGUCAGAAUCGUACAUUAGAAAUGAAGAGCUUAACGGAUUCUCUCUAUUACUGAACGAUAUUGAAGUAUACAUCGGGAAGGACAAAACAAUUGAUCUAGAUGAACUUUUCGAAACUAAUGAAAACUUGUCACUAAUGGCAGAAAGGGCCAUAGAGGAAAGUGCUAAUGGUAGUAUUCCGCUAUAUUUGAGAGCGGCAAGAGUAUCAAUGGGGUCACCUCAAAAAGAUCGAAGCGACUACACAAAUGCUGCCAUUUUAGAAUGGCCCGUUGGGAUUUGGCAUGAUCCACUUUUGGGUGUAUCCUGA